CACAGCCAAGUGAGCAGAAUUUUCAAUGACUUUUGCCUGCCACCGCCAUGGGGUAACCCCAUUAACAAUAAAUCAAAAAUUUGUAAGAGUUGGAUCAAGAGAAAUUUAGAUAUAAGCGGAUAAGCGAUUAAAAAAUUACUUCAUUCUAGUAACAUUAUUCCAUUCGGCUUGAAAGUGGUCAUCUCUGUCUCUCUCCCAAACACACACAUGUUGCUUUAGCUGCCAUGGCCCAAACAGCUGAUCCGUUGUAGUCGUUGCCUUAUCUACCGUAGCCGUUCACUUAGAUUAGCUCACAGUUAGUGUUGGUUCCAAAACGCCAAAGUGCAAGUCUACGAUGACCUUUCUAGAGUUUCUUCUAAUUUUGCUGGUCCUUUACUAUGUGAUCUAUGUCCUGCUGUGGAUCGUUCUCGACUGCAAUGUUGCUUUGUGGUACAAAUCUCGAUUUGGAGUGUCGCUGUCGUCCAUGCGUGGGCAGGUGGUUUGGAUAACCGGCGCUUCGAGGGGAAUUGGUAGAGCUCUUGCAUUGAGUUUGGCCCGUCAUGGUGUGCGAUUGGUGUUAAGUGCCCGCCGAGUGGAGCAACUGGAGCAAGUACAGUCGGAAUGUUUGGCAGCGGCUCGGGGCCUUUUGGCCCAAAAGGAUGUGCUGAUAUUGCCCAUGGAUAUGCUGGAAUUGGAGAAACACCAGUCGCAUCUCUACACAGUCCUGAAUCAUUUCGAAAAGCUCGAUGUGCUGGUGAAUAAUGCCGGUCGAUCUCAGCGUGCUAACUGGACAGACAUUUCAGUGGAAGUGGAUCGAGAGCUUUUCGAACUGGAUGUUUUUUCGGUGGUCCAUCUUUCUCGUCUGGUGGUGCGUUACUUUCUAGAGCAGAAUGGUGGACGUGGUCAUUUGGCAGCUACUUCCAGCAUAGCUGGCUUUAGUCCUGUCCCCUUCUCAGCCACCUACUGUGCGGCCAAACACGCUCUUAAUGCCUAUCUCUUGGCCCUGAAGGUGGAACAGCGUAAACUGGAUAUAACAAUAUUUGCUCCAGGUCCUGUUGCCACAGAUUUCCUGCAAGAAGCCUUCACCGGAUCACAGGGUACGAAAGUCGGUCUAAGUACGGCAAAUCAGAAGCGUCUGACAGCGGAACGUUGUGGCGAAUUAUUCGCUGUAUCAUUGGCCAAUAAAAUGGAUCUCACCUGGUGUGGUCUCUUCCCAGUUAAUUUUUUGGCCUACUGUGCUCGUAACUCAACAUUGACUAAAAUCCUGGCACAAUUCAUGACCGAGAAAACGCUAAACAAAAUACGCGAGGGAAAAUUGUAAGGGAUCCUCUGAAAUUCAAAGAUUGAUACAUUGUACGUUUCUUUUUUUAUAUGCAUGUACAACAAUUUAAAUAUAUACACCAUAUAUAAACCUAAGAUAAA